AUGGCAACUUCCAAUGAAAAUAAUCCAUUAUCAGUUGUGGUUGUAAUGGUUCCAUUCCUAGCUCAAAGCCAUUUGAACCAACUCCUUCAAUUUGCCCAUGUCGUUUCUUCCUCAUACGACAUCCCAGUCCACUACAUCAGCUCAAAACCCCAAAUUUCACAGGUAAAAUCUCGUGCCUCAAACCCUCUUAACCAAUUAACCAAAAUCCAUUUCCAUGGCUAUGAAAUUCCACUGCCUCAUGCUCAAAUAACUGAUCUUUUCUCCAAAACCAAUAACGCCGAGGAAGAAAUUUGCAGGGUCAAAGCCAGCAAACACCUGCGCGAACCGGUUGAGGUUCUCAUAAAAUCACUAUCACAAAACUCAAAACGACUUGUCGUUGUUUACGAUGUCUUAAUGAGUUGGGUAGUUCAGGAUGUCGUUUCUCUCCAAAACGCAGAAUGUUACUCUUUCCAUUGUGUCUCUGUGUUUUUCGGCUUAGCCGUAACUCAAAAACUCGAUCAUAUGAUUCAUAUCCCUAUUCCCACUGUGGAAUCAUGUUUCCCAGCUUUGUUUUUAGAUUUCUUUUCUUCCCAAUUGAAACUUCCAAUAUCAGAUUUCAAAUCUGGGUCUCUUCACAACACUUGCAGAGCCAUCGAAGGGUCUUCGAUAGAGAUUUUGCGAAACGAAGAAAGAAAGUUAAACCGAAAGGUAUGGGCAAUUGGGCCUUUACAUAAAAUGAUAAUAACAGAUUGUAAUGAAGACAAGAGAUUAAUGGAGUGGCUUGAUGAACAAGAGGUAAACAGUGUUUUGUAUAUUUCUUUUGGGUCGUUGAUUAGUUUAUCUGAUGAGCAGAUUAGAGAGAUUGCUAUUGGGUUGGAACAGAGUGGGGUGAAGUUCAUUUGGGUUUUGAGAGAAGGAGAUAAGUUAGUUGAUUUGGGGAAGAGAUUGAGUCAAGUUCCAGAUGGGUUUGAGGAAAGAAUGAAGGGAAUGGGAAUGGUGGUGAGGGAAUGGGUGCCCCAAGUGAAGAUUUUGGGGCACUCAUCUACAGGUGGGUUUAUGAGUCACUGUGGUUGGAAUUCAUGUAUGGAGAGCAUUGGAAUGGGAGUGCCCUUAUUGACUUGGCCAAUGCAAUCAGACCAACCUUUCAAUGGUUUGUUGAUUACAAAGGUUCUGAAAGUGGGUGUGGCUGUAAUGGAAUGGGAGGAAAGAGAUGAGUUGGUUACUUCAUCAAUGAUCAGCAGAGGUGUGAGGAGAAUAAUGGGUUCAGAUUCAGAAGAAGGAGAUGAGAUUAGGAAGAGAGCUGUGGAAAUGGGUGUUGCAGUGAAACGGUCUGUCGCUGAAGGAGGUGAUUGUCGUUCGGAGUGGGAUUCUUUUAUUGCUCAUAUCUCUAGAUAG